AUGGUAAGAGGUGGAAUGGCGCUCCAAAGAUUCAACGGAACUGCAAGCAAAGGACUGCUGAACUUGAGGAGCGUUACUUUUGGCUGCAGCAACCUCACCAUCGCUAACCUCAUCGUGAACAGAAGAGUCUUACGUGCAGCAGAGGAAACAACAUCCAGCAACGUUUUUCCUUUUAAGAUCGUCCACUUCAGUAAGAGACACCGAACGUGGUAUUUCUCAGCAGCGAGUGAGGAUGAGAGAAAGAAAUGGAUGCGGAACUUAAGAAAAGAAAUCAGCUAUUAUAAUGAUAAAAGAGAUCUGCCUCUUCCAAGUGAUGAUUUAGAUUCGGAGAGUAUAUAUGGGCAGUUAGAGGAGCCGCUGGACAUCAGUCCUGUUGAAGAAGAUCCUGAAGCAGAUUAUAUGAUACAUGAUGAAGACAGCGAUGGAGACGAUGGAUCGCCAGUGUCAGCAGGUCGACCCACGGUUCCUCCUCCACCGUAUCCUCCACCCCCUGUUCCUGUUCAACCGAGAGAAAGCCGUCUCACGAAGGGACCGCUGCCUCCGCUCCCCCCUCCAUUCAAAAAACCGUCCUGUACAAGCAAAGGUCCUCCUCCGCCGCUGCCGUACGCCCCGCACCUAGAGAAACCAGACGUACACCUGUCAAACAGAGGCCCUGGUGGCCCCAUGCCUCCUUUACCCCCUCCAAACAGCAUGAAGUCCAUGUCAGGCCCGUUUUCCACAAUGCCUGUUUGCGAAAAGAAGCCGAAUGCCUCUCUGAUUGGGAAUACGGCGGCUACUUUACCCAUCGUUGAGAACUUGCAGAAAGUGAUUCUGAACUCGUCGAAACCGUCCAUUUCUAGCCAGCACCUGGGGGUGAAGCCCACAGCUGUACCCCGGCCCGUCUCGCCUCACCUGUCCGGUUCUGUCAGCAACAGAUUGCUCGGUCAGAUACCCAAGCCUCCGUUACCAUCCAAACCGAAACCCAACAGACCCUCCUUCCAAGCAUCGCCGGAUGGACAGAGUUUUCGUUCUUCUAUUGAAGAAAACCCUUUAAAAAAACGAGUGCCAGGCAAAAUUGAAGAAGACUCAGAUGAUGAGGACUAUGAAAAUGUGAAUUUGCCUCCCUCUGUCUUCGUGGACACAAUGGAAACCAGUAAUGUUGAAAGAUUAUUUAAGGAUACAUACACCUGCCCACCGAACGGUCUGUACUGCAUCCGCAAAUCAGGAACAGGAAAAACAUCACAGGUGCUGGUUGUUUGGGACACGGGUUUAAACAAAGCCAGAAAUUAUAGGCUCUUUGAUGAGGACCAGCGGGUGUAUCUGGAGGCAGAUCUGACGUUCCCCACUUUAUCUGUCCUGAUUGAACACUAUCACAUCAACCCACUGCCCAGCAGUAGCAACUCAAUGCCCAACUAUUCCCUCUGUUUGCAUAUACCUUUCGGCUACGUCCCACCCAGGUGACAUCGGCCCCCUGUCCCGUGCCGGUCCUGGACCAGACCACUGCUGACAGCACUAUCUGCUGGUGAACGUCACCCAUCACAGCUGAGAGCCCAGGCGACUGGUCACUAGUCUGAUAUACUGUGAAUAUCAAUGGAUAAUAAAUGAGUGCCAGUGAACUGUGUUAAUUUAAGUCUAGUGUUCAGAAGGGAGUCUUAAUAUUACAAUGACAAAAAAUCCAGUGAAUUAAACAGUAUUGAACAGCAAGUGUCUACUUUAGUACACAUGCUAUACUGCAUAUGUUAGCGUACUGCAGCUUCUUCUGGCUUUUAAGAACCGACUGAUUGACAUGUAAUGUGAUUAAUCACUGUUUGUUUUGUUUAUUGGUGUGUUUAUCUGAGAUACAGUAAAAUAUCUAGUUCUACUGCUAUUAAGUGCCUUAAAGAAGCACUAUGUAACUUUUGGCGCUCUAGCGGUUAAUAAACAGAACUGCACACAUCCCGCGGA